CGCUAUUAAAGGCGCGGGGCGGGAGGCGGCGGCGGCGACGCGAUGGCGGCUUUCGUGCAGCUCAACAGCGGCGCCAAGAUGCCCCUCCUGGGCCUGGGCACCUGGAAGUCCCCCCCAGGGAAGGUGGCAGCUGCAGUGAUGGCCGCUAUCGAUGCCGGGUACCGCCACUUUGACUGUGCUUUCGUGUACCAGAACGAGAACGAGGUCGGGGACGGGAUCCAGCAGAAAAUCAAGGAGGGCGUCGUGAAGCGGGAGGACCUCUUCAUCGUCAGUAAGCUUUGGUGCACGUUCCAUGACAAACCUCUGGUGAAGGGAGCCUGCCAGAAGACUCUUACUGCCCUGAAACUGGAUUACCUGGAUCUCUACCUCAUCCACUGGCCUCUGGGAUUUAAGGCAGGAGAGGAGCUGUUUCCCACAGAUGACAAUGGCAUGUCUAUACCCAGCAACACUGAUAUUUUGCAUACAUGGGAGGGCAUGGAAGAACUGGUCGAUGCUGGUCUGGCCAAAGCCAUUGGAAUCUCCAACUUCAACCAUGAGCAGAUUGAGAGAAUCUUGAACAAGCCAGGACUGAAAUACAAACCUGCAAAUAACCAGAUCGAAUGUCAUCCAUAUCUUACCCAGGAGAAGCUGAUCAAGUACUGCCAGUCCAAAGGGAUUGCUGUGACAGCGUACAGUCCUCUUGGCUCUCCAGACAGGCCAUGGGCUAAGCCAGAGGAUCCUUCCCUUCUGGAUGAACCCAAGAUUAAAGAGAUCGCAGCCAAGCACAACAAAACUGCAGCACAGGUUCUUAUUCGGUUCCACAUCCAGAGAAAUGUGAUUGUGAUUCCCAAGUCUGUUACACCCCAGCGUAUUGUGGAGAACUCCAAGGUGUUUGACUUUGAAUUGACUAAAGAGGAGAUGACAACUAUUCUCAGCUUCAACAGAAACUGGAGAGCCUGUGCAAUGAGCACGUGCAAAACUCAUAAGGAGUACCCUUUCAAUGCAGAGUACUGAAGAUGGUGGUUAUCUGCCUUUCUCCACACUCCUGAUGUCAGAUGCCUCAGCUGUUGCCUAUGAGUUGUUGAUCUGUGUAGCUUUCUGACUGCAUCAGUCCCUCUUUUUUUUUUUUGCCUACAACGAUGCAGUGUGUAUUCAGUUAGUUUGUUUUCCUUCUUGUCUUUGGAAGAAAGAAAUGGCAAAAUGCUUCAGAAGAGCACGCUGUGUGGAUUGUAAUAGAUUGUCUUUGCCAAACUGCCUCACUCAAAUUGGUAAGCAGCAAACAUUGGCUGUCUGUUACAGCCAAUGAUUUUUGAUUUGAAAUACUGGGAGUUGGAGUUAGUUAUUACUGUUGUAUGGAAGGACUGAGGUAUGACAGAUUUUUGCAUAAUUAACUAAAGUUUGGGGAGGGGGUUCAUUCAUUAUUUCUUCUGGGUUUGGUUUUCUUCUUUGUAACACUCCAUACUUUCACUUUUUCUCUAAUAGGAAGUACUAGUUUCUAAGUUUAUCAGUUGCUAUGUG